GAAGCAUCAAGUUUGUGCUGCGCUAUUCGCAUUACUUGUUCUGAUUUCUUUCAAAAUAAGAUCAAUCUCUAGCAGAUUUGAAUAUCUUAUCAAUAUACAGUCGUUCAACACCCAAGAGAACUAUUCCAGCCAGUCCAUCAUCAAUAAGCCCCGCGAACAUCAGCCAAAAUGCCUGUCUCCAAGCGUGCCCGUAUCGUCCACGAAUCCAAGACCAGCAAGAAGAAUCAUAAGGAGCAAACCCGACGCCUGUUUGCCAAUAUCCGUGAAUGCGUCGAGCAAUAUGACCAUCUUUUCGUAUUCUCUGUCGAUAACAUGCGCAACACCUAUCUGAAGGAUGUGCGCACGGAAUUCUCCGAUGGCCGACUCUUCUUCGGCAAAACAAAAGUCAUGGCCGUCGCUCUCGGAAACACACCAGAGACCGCUUUCGCCCAAAACCUCGAGAAAUUGACACCCUUCCUCACCGGCGCCGUGGGAUUACUUUUCACUUCCCGAUCUCCCGAAGACGUCAUUACAUAUCUCGAAUCAUUCCAUCCUUCUGAUUUUGCUCGCGCCGGAACUGUUAGUACCCGAUCCUUCACCAUCCCCAAUGGAGUUGUGUAUUCGCGCGCAGGUGAGAUUCCGACCUCAGAGGAUGAUCCGAUCAGCCACACUAUCGAGCCUGCGCUUCGCAAACUCGGUGUUCCUACGAGACUUGUCAAGGGACAAGUUGUGUUGGAAUUGUUGGAUGGCGAGAAGGGGUACGCAGUCUGCAGGGAAGGAGAGACUUUGGACUCGAGGCAGACUACUUUACUUAAAAUGUUUGGUGUUGCUACCUCUGAGUUCCGUAUCGAUCUCAAGGCUCAAUGGGACCGGAAAACCGGCGAAGUCAGGAUACUAGAGAAGUCCGAGGGUGCAAUGGAUACGGAGUAAAAGAAUAGCUUUCUAUAUCUGUAUCUUUUGUUUGAGGGCUUAAGCUUCUUUCGCGCAUUUCAACGGCGUUCGGCGCUUCGGGUUAUUUGUUGGGCUUUUUUAUUUUCAUCUAGUUUGAGGAAAAGUGACACCAAAAUCCUAUGAUUCCGAGUGAAGAUAUAUUGGUCGAUCUUAUGUAUAGACGUUCAAGGGGUGAAGCCCUAGCAUCAAAAUGUCAAUGCCCAUUACCUUUGAACAUUAAUUUAUUAUUAUGUCAACUUUACCUAGGUAGUCGAACAUCUGACUCGGGAGUCCUACCGCAGUACGAAUGAAACGACCAUGCUUGUCUUAAAUCUCACUCUGAUAUUCCAUAAAGCCACGGCCGAUUUCGCUUACCUAGCUUAUCAUGCACCUGUGCCUUCCUUUCUUUUUUAUAUUCCAGUUAAAAUACAGAUACUUACCCACAUGAUUUGAAAAUGAAAAGAUAGAAUAGAAAAGGAAACAAAACGUAGAAAGAGAGGGAAUGCAAGCUGUUCUUGAUGGACCGCCUAGAGAAUUCAAACAGACUGUCGUAGAGGGGAUAUAAUCUCGCUCUCACCAUAUAUGCUGACCAUGAGAGAUUAUGAGGUUGACCGGGGUGCGAUUAACAGUAAUUCAAGCGGUUGAUUUCAUCGAUCCUUGAAUGUGAGUCGACCUUACCCUCA